UUUUAAUUCUCUUCUCCUGCGAGAGCAGCCCCCUCCGCCGCUCCCCCACCCCGCCUCCCUCCCUCGCUCUAGGUGUGUCCGUCAGAAUCACAGUCAUAACGAGGGAGGGAGCGACCCGCCAGCCCCCGGCCGCCCCAAGGAUGCUGCUGCGGUGCCGCUGGGACUGAGCUCGCAGCCGGGGCUCGCUCUGUCUCUCUCCCCUCUUCCUUCCCUGCAGAGGGCGAGGCCCUUCCUCUCGCACUCUUCCUCCUCCUCCUCCUCUCCAUGAUGCAGGCUCGCUAUUCCGUCUCGGACCCCAACGCUUUGGGAGUGGUGCCCUAUUUAAGCGAGCAGAACUACUAUCGGACGGCGGGGACGUACGGCGGCAUGGGCAACCCCAUGAGCGUGUAUUCGGGCCACGCCGAGCAGUACGCGGCGGGCAUGGGGCGAUCCUACGGCCCCUACCACCCGCACCAACCCGCCGCCCCCAAGGACCUGGUGAAGCCGCCCUACAGCUACAUCGCCCUCAUCACUAUGGCCAUCCAGAACGCCCCCGACAAGAAGAUCACGCUCAAUGGGAUUUACCAGUUCAUCAUGGACCGCUUCCCCUUCUACCGCGAGAACAAGCAGGGCUGGCAGAACAGCAUCCGCCACAACCUGUCUCUCAACGAGUGCUUCGUCAAGGUGCCCCGCGACGACAAGAAGCCGGGCAAGGGCAGCUACUGGACCCUGGACCCCGAUUCCUAUAACAUGUUCGAGAACGGCAGCUUCCUGCGGCGCCGGAGACGCUUCAAGAAGAAGGACGUGUCCAAGGAGAAGGAGGAGGCCCGGGAGCGGCUGCUGAAGGAGCAGCCCAAACCCCCCGGGCUGCCCGGCGCCGACCUCUCCAAGGAAGCUUCUUCCUCAUCCUCCUCCUCCUCGACCUCCGAGAAAAAAGUGGUGAUCAAGAGCGAGACGGCGUCCCCGGAGCUGCCGGUGAUCACCAAAGUGGAGACGCUGAGCCCGGGGAGCGGCGGGGGGCUCCGGGACAGCCCCCGCAGCGCCGCAUCGCCGCCCGCCGCCUCCCCCGAGGGUUCGCUGCCCGAGCAGCACCCGGCCGGCAACGGGCUGCCGGGAUUCAGCGUGGAGAACAUCAUGACCCUGCGGACAUCCCCCGCGGGGGACCUGAGCCCGGUGAGUGCCGCCUCGGGCAGGACGGGGACCGGCAUGCCGCUGGUUUACCCCACGUCGGGGCAGCCGUCGGGUUACAGCGCGGCGUGCAGCCAGGCGCUGGACACUAGUGGGAGCUACCACUGCAGCAUGCGGGCCAUGAGCCUCUACAGCGGCGAGAGGCCGGGCCACAUGUGCGUGCCCCCCGCGGCGCUGGAGGAAGGUUUGGCCGAGCACCCCACCGGCGCCCCAUCGCCCCUCGGGGCCCUCAGCCUGCCGUCGGGGCAGGAGGGAGCGCUGGGGGCCGGGCACCCGCACGGCGGCACUGCGGCGGGGCAGCCCGCAGCCUCGUGGUACCUCAAUCACGGAGCCGAGCUGAGCCACCUGCCCGGCCACACGUUCGGGUCGCAGCAGCAGACUUUCCCUAACGUGCGGGAAAUGUUCACGUCGCAUCGGUUGGGGAUGGAGAGCGAGCACCAGGUGAGCAGCAACUCCGCCUGUCAGAUCCCCUACAGGUCCGCGCCCUCCCUAUAUCGCCACGCCGCCCCCUAUUCCUACGACUGCACUAAGUACUGAGUAGCUCCCCCCACCCUCCGAGCCCUCGCCUAGGG